UUUAAAACGUACACUUUAAUCAAAACAAAUCAAAGCAGCCCAGGAAAUGAUUGAUUUUGAUAACUUUUCAACAUAAUUUCAACUCUAUAGAGCUCUCGGAAAUCUGUAGGCAAAAUGCAGGUUGCAGAGGUUGAUCCUAUUCGCACCAAGAGGUAUGUGGAUGAAGUAUUUCGCCUUGUGCAGGCAAAACCUGGUGUCGAGGACAUCCUGAUCAUGAAUCACUCGGGUGUACCGGUUAAAACAUCCAUGGAACGUCAGGAGAGCCUGCAGUACGCCUGUCUGUACGACAACUUGCGUGAAAAGUGCCAGGCAUUCCUAUCCAAAAUGGAGCCAGCUCAAACAUUGACUUUCUUGAGGGUUCGCACCAAAUAUCACGAGGUGCUCAUCACCCCAGAUGCAAAGAUCACUGUUUUGGUGGUCCAAAAUGCCAAGGAUUCUUUCAUUAACAUAAAGGGAUAGCAUAUAUUUCCUUUUAAAAGUAUGAUUCCUCUUACCGCUUUCAAAACACAAGUGUAACACGACUAAAGACUUGAGAUGGACUGUUAAAAUAACA